AUGUCUAAUUCAACUACUGAUAAUCUAGUUGCAAAUCUAAACACUGCCACAUUUUGGAUCAAUCGCAUUAUUCCAGUUAUUUCCAUUGUUUUUGGAACAUUUGGAAAUUUGUUCAAUAUUAUUAUAUUUACUCGACGUUCAUUAUGCAAUAAUCCAUGUUCAGUAUACUUUUUGGCUGGUUCAAUUGCCAAUUUCUUUGUUAUGUAUGUGGCCUUACUUACGCGUUAUCUUGCAACUAGUUGGAAUUUGGAUCCAGCAGCUACGAAUAUGAUUUGGUGUAAAAUACGUUACUUUCUUAUAUAUCCUCCUCUUUGUCUUGUUCUAUGGUUUGUUGUACUUGCCAGUAUUGAUCGAUUUUUCUUAAGUUCACAUAAUGUUCGACUUCGUCAACUAAGCAGUUUAUCAGUAGCACGAAAAACUAUUAUAAUUACUACUGUGUUCAUGUUUUUAAUUAACAUCCACGUUUUUGUUUUUGCUAGAUCUGUAAUCAUCAAUGGCAUACCCAACUGUACUAUCCUUCCUAAUGAGUAUGUAGUUUUUUUCAACUUUUUUGUUCGCAUUGUAUCUUGUAUAUUACCCCUAACAUUAAUGUGUAUUUUCGGUAUUUUGACUAUCAUCAAUGUUCGUAUGGUUGGUAAUCGUGUCAUUUCACAAGAUAACAACAUGCGAAAUGAACGUUUGCGCUCAAAUGAUCGACAAUUAAUUAUAAUGCUUUUAUUACAAAUAUUAAUUGUUUUUAUAUUUGUCGGUCCUUGGACUCUUAUCAAUAUGUACAAUUCAAUUGCUGUAACUAUACUUAAUCAGAAAUUUUCAACAUCAGAACAGGCUAUUUAUGAUUUUUUAUUUAAUCUUUUCCGAAUGCUAUAUUAUAUUAAUCCUUCUAUUGGAUUCUACAUUUAUACUCUUUCUGGUCCCAGAUUUCGUAUUGAGUUAAAACAUUGUAUUAAAUGUGGACUUAAAUUCACUCUAACAGCGAUGGGCCUAUUACAAUGCCUUUCUUUAAGAAUUCAGCGAACACUAUUAGAUGAAAAUCAAACGUGUAACAAGAAUACUUCAUUAACGAAAAAAGGAGGAAGAAAUACUAUUCAUCCGGAUCGUCCUCAAACAUACGUGAAUAAUACAUCUAUUGUAUAG